AUGGCGUGGGUGGAAAAGAGUUCGUUUCUUAUCAGUAAACUUGAAGAGGGUGAAAUUCCUCCCUCGGUCCCCCAAUUCGCACCCACUCGUGUAACCUCUCGGAGCUACGUCAUUACUUUCUGUGACAUUACACCGGCACGACCGAGUUUGCCACCUGUGUACAAUCCAAAUAUACCAUAUGCAUAUCCUAUUUAUGGUGGUUUAUAUCCCGGAUUGACGAUUUACAUUACUGGUCGACCUUCUCUAAAUCCUCACAAGUUCACCAUCAACUUGCAGAAGGGAGCAGCUCAAUAUCCACCCCCUGACGUGGCUUUCCACUUCGAUCCUCGGUUCUUCAACAGAUCCGUCGUGAGGAAUACUCGAUCCAGCGGCGUCUGGGCCUCAGAAGAGACCUACAUCAGUCACUUCCCAUUCCAACCGGGUGUUAGUUUCGAUCUGGUCAUCCGUGUAGAGGCAGACAGAUACUCAGUGUCCCUCAAUGGUCAGCAUUUCACAGAUUUCCGACAUCGUCUCAGACCAUUGGAAAUAUUUGAUACCCUCUACAUAGAGAAUGAUGUCAGCAUUUCUGCAAUUCGAUUCUCGUAAAUAUUUGGCAGCUUGUUGAUGUCAAAUUCUUAUUUAAUUGUGGAUAUCCCCAAAAAAAUAAUUUGAGAUUUUGGGAGCUUAUACAUUUUAAUAAAAGAUGAGCACACCCAAAACUAAAUGUUUGUGGGGUUCUUUAAUUUUUGCUCUUGUUUUUUUAGGGGUUGGAAAGUGUAUUCCCCUAAAUUCGGCAUGUAUUGUGCCACAUUUCAAACCACGAUUGCUAAUGAUCGAAUACGCAUUUUUAGCUCUUUCCUUUGCAUUAAAUUUAAUUCAAAUCUAAAACUGUAGUGUCAACCACAUAACGAAUAAUUUUCCAUUUGUCUAGUUACUUUCUCGCAUAUGAAAUAUACAGAAAAUAUUAUAAUUGUCAAAAAAAUUCAAACUCGAAAUUUUGGGCGAAAGUCAACGUUUUAGAUCUCCCUGCAUUUGAAAAACACAUUUUUUGGAAAAUGUCGGUCUGUGACAAAGAUAACUCAAAAACGCUUUGAGUUAGACGAACGAAAUCUGAUGUAUGGUCCUUACACCAGAUUUGUAAAUUUCUAUCCAAUUUUGACCAAAUUUAAUUACAGUCGCAACGCUCGUAUAUAUAAGCACAUUUACUGGAAAAAUGAAGAAAAUAUUGUAUAGUAUAGAAAUAAACUUUAAAAAUUUUUGAAAAAAUUAUUUAAAUUUGAGAAAAAAAUAUACAAACAUAAAAUGGGUAUUAAAAAAAGCCCCCCCCCCCUCCAUUUCUUUUUUUGAAAUAUCAAAGAGAUUUGAAAUUGCUCUUAUGUAAUAAUAAGCUUAUAAAUAAUGCACAUUACUUAUAACACAAAAUGGGAGACAAAAUGUAAAAAUACCAAUCGCUAUUUAGUUAAAGAUCUAAUAAAGAUUUUUUAAAAAUUUCUCCUUUAGCAAGCACUUACUAUCCAAGAAAUAACUACAUUCCUUAUUUGAUCAUUCCUUAUCAAGGUCCAACAGUCUUAUUCAGAACAUUUUGAGUGAUUUUUUUCAUCAUUACAGACAGUAUACCAAACCUGUAUACAUUAUCUUAUGAAAAAUAAAUAAAUAAAAUAAAGAAGCGGUCCUAGACACCACAUUACUUUUUGUUAAAGACUGUUCAGUUGUAUCUAACGAAUUAUGAAGAAGUUAAUAAGGAACUGUGGAAAGUUUUGAAAAAGCUUGAGCAAAAUGAGUUUCACGAGUUGAAAAUAGAUUUAAUUUUUAAUACCUAAUGAAAUGAUAUAGUAAUGCUGGAUUACUAAAAAUACUAAUGGCUCAUUGUUUAGGAAGGUCUUCAACUGAGAUGUUUUGAUUAAAUAGGCAUAUAGAACAUUGCUCUUGUCUCAUUAUAUUAACUAAAUAAGCAUUAAUUCUUCAGAAUUAAUAUUUUUCCACCCUAUUUCAUUAAAAAAUUUAAAAAGUGAAAAUAUUUUGGAAAA